AUGCUGGCCCAAGCGUUGCACCAGCUUUCGAAAACUCCAAUCCGAUUCAUACAAGACGAUCCCUGUAGAUUAACACAGGAGCACCAUAAGUAUAUCGGAGGUCCACACUGUAUGGACAUGGAAAAUACUGAUUUGCCUGAGCUCAGCUCAAAAGUUGCCUGGGCAGAGUGA